AUGGCUACCAGCGUAACCACUACCAAAAAGAAGAAGCUCGUCUACAAACAAGACAAUGAUGGAGUGUUCCGGUUGAAGAAAGUCGACAACAACGACAUCAGCUCCAUCGAGUAUGCCGAAGAUAAAAAGAAAGUCGACGACUACAUCAACGAACUUCUCGACUGUUCCUACAAACUUCCCGAAGAACCCAAGCCUGAAGUAGAGCCUCCCAAAUCUCAGGCACCAGAGAAAAAGCGCAUCAAACAAAAGGUCUCAAAACCAACCUCUCCCAAAACAUCUUCAAAACCAUUCCCUCCUACUUCUUUUUCUUCCACUUACACCCCAGCUGCAAUUCCCACUAAUAGCUCUACAUUCCUAGACAGAAUGAAGUCUGCUGUUGGGAACCAAUCCGUGAAACACUUCCAUAUCCAGAGCUUUGUGCUAGGAGCUGUAUCAACUCUAGUAUUGUAUCGAUCUCAGGACUUGUUGUUGCAUUAUGCCAUUGUCAUAUUCAAUGUCUUAAAAGUCCUAGUCGUUGUAUCCGUAGUCAUUGGUUGUGCAACCUGGUAUUCUGGAAUCGUCACCUUGCUGGACCUCGGCAAUUCUGGUAAGAUCAUCGAUCAGAUCAAAGCCAGAAUCAAUGGCACAGACUCUACCCCAAAACAGCAAGACAAUCAACAAGAACAUGACGACCAAGAACUGCAUUAUACCGAACACUAUUAUGAAUCAGAUGACGAUGACUCGGAAUCGCUUCCUAAAUCGAAAUCUCCAUCAAUCCACUCACUGGAGGAUCCUUUGGCUCCUCCUUCUAGAGAAAGAAAACAUUCUUCCAUCAGAGUCACUCCUUUCAGAAUGAGCCCCAGACCUCUCCAUUCGGAGUCUCCUCAUAGCCAUCAGCAACAGCAUUUGCCUCAGUCGCGUCAUCGUUUCCAAAGUGCUCCUGAUCUCGCUUCGAAUAAACCUCCGCAGUUAUAUAGGUUGAACACUGCAGACGCAAAAAUGAGUCACUAUAGAAAACAAACAUCUCCUGUCAGAUCCAGAAAAGACCUGGUAGACUCUUUCAGCUCUCGAGUAUCUCCCAAUAAGCAUUUGCCUCCUGCUCCUGUGGACGAAGACUUGCCAUUCAUCAAUGAAGUCAAACUUGUCGAUUCACUCGAUGAAGAAGUAUUCAAACCAGACUUAGUUGACCAUAACGACUUCGUCAAGAGGCUGGUGAGUACCGUAAGCAAGAAGUCUGUGUUGGGAACACGGGCUAAUUAUAACAAGUUUUUGGCCAGUGUUCUGGAUAACGACUUGGACUUUGACUAG